GCUCGAGUACUGUAAUUUCCCCUUCUCCUCCUACUCCGCCCUUCCCUACCCAUUCGGUUUUCCCUCGUUGUAAUACCUGCUUGUGCUUUGAUGUGGGUUGCUGUUGUCGAAGUUGUAGCUGUUAGUUCUUCCAUUUUUAUUUUGUCUUGUGAAAGUUGCAUAACAUUAAGCGUUGUAUGAGUUGACCCUUCUGAAUUACGACUGCAUCUAGUGUGCGUAAUUAGUGUGUGUAUUUAACAACAAGUGUAAAUAAACGGUGGUAUCGGCAAAGCAUCCAGACAUCGACAUUCGAUGUUAUUGUGUAUUUAAAACCCCAGUAUUUAUUGGAGUGUAGCGGCGUUGUCAACUAUUUUAACCCUCAAAGGCUCAAAGGUUUCAGUUUGUGGAGAAAUAAAUCAAAUCUACAAUGGGAGCUGCAGCUUCCAAUCAGACACGCCAAAUGAAGGAACCUCUCGAAAUUGGAGAAUUUCGAAAACUUCAAGCACCGACCGACCAAUAUGUAAUUCCCGAAGUACCCGUAAAGAGACAAGUGACUGAUUUUAAAUUUACAAUAACAUUUGCAGUUUUAAUAGUUGCAUUGGUUCCAUUUUUGAUAUAUACAUUUGUGCACUCUGAUAUCAAUCGAUUUGUACGUGGUUUUGACAAAUGCGGCAAUAUAUGUGGAAGAAACAACACUCACGUGGACGGUAUCGACUGUUCUGGAAAGGACCAAAGCAAACUUCCAUUAUUGAAAUAUACUAAAACUAAUGUAGACGUCGGAAGAUACUACACAGAGGACGACAUGUUAAAUUACGAAUGCGCCGAAAGCUGUGAUACUAAUCAAUAUGUCAUAAUACUCAACCGAUGCUUUCCAGCUGAAGAUAAUAACGAAUCACAAGAAUUUGCAGCGGAACUAACUUCAGACAUUAACAAAUCUGCAGGGUACAUUGUGGCGUUAUGCUUAAUAGGAUUAGGAUUUUCUGUGGGAAUGCUUUUCUUGUUCCGUUACUUUGUGGCAGUCGUCGUAUGGGUAAUACUUAUCGGUUCAAUUGUUGGGUUUAUAAUUUUAACAAUUGUGAUGUGGGUCGUUCAUAGCAAUGCGGAUUCCUCAAAUAAACAAUUUUGGCAGUACAUGGCCAUUUUCUUUACCAUUUUAUCCGUUGUGUUCGUGAUCAUGCUAAUAUGUAUGUUCAAGCGGAUAAAACUAGUAAUUCGUCUUUUUAAGGAAGCUAUUCAAGUUAUCUUUGGUAUCCCGUUAAUUUUGUUUGAACCUUUGCUGACCCUUCUAGCAAGCACAAUUUUACUUAUUAUUUUGGUUUUCUUUUUAAUCAUUUUUGCAACAACUGGAACUCUCCAACUUGUGAACAGCGACUUGUACGAAUAUGUUCCCAAUGGCGUAAUGAUUUUCACGUGGUUCUUUCAUAUAGUUAUUUGCUUGUGGAUGGCUCAAUUUAUUGUAGGUUGCCAACACAUGGUAAUUUCUGGUGCUGUUUCAGCAUAUUACUUUUCAAGGGAUAAAUCAACUUUGACAUCUCCUAUCUAUAACAGUUUUUAUAAUUUGAUAAGAUACCAUUUAGGCACUGUCGCGUUUGGCUCUUUGAUUAUAACAAUUAUUGCCAUUAUAAAAGCCUUAAUACGUAGUUUGGUCAAUAGUCGGCAAGCGAAGGUUUUGAUAGAUUGUUGUUUAGGAGCUAUUGAGGACUUCCUAAAAUAUCUUUCCAAAAAUGCCUACAUUCAAACCGCUAUGCAUGGACAACCCUUUUAUAUAUCCGGGAAACGAGCAGUGCGACUGUUAUGGACAAACGCUCUUAGUACAAUCGCUGUCAAUUCUGUGGGAGAUUUCGUAAUGAACAUGGCGAAGGUGUUGAUAGUAGUAUGUACCGUUGGAGUUGGAAUUUUGAUUCGAGAUAGUUCCAUCACUCACUUCUGGGCUGCCAUUGUGAUUAGCGCAAUAGUUACUGGAAUUAUAGCUGAUUGUUUCUUCGCCGUUUUCGAGACUGCUGUUGAUACCAUCUUCUUGUGUUUCUGCGAAGACCGUUGCAUGAAUGAUGGCAUGGAUCGUCCAUACUACAUGACUACAAAUCUCAUGCAGUACAUAGAAGAUGCCAAGAAAACUGUCAAAGAUAAGGAUCGACAAUAAGCUCUAAAUGUUACAAGCACCAAUAUUUAUUGCUACUGUUUUCAUGUUUUCAAUCUCAAAUAUGUACGUCUGUUACUACGUGUGUUUACUAGUUGUAGGUUAACAAAGAUGUUAGAAACAUUGAUUUUGAUAUAAGAGUCACUUAUUUUUCACACUUUUAAGAAUUUUUGAUUUUCAGAUAUUAGUUAUUUUUGAUAAAAGUGUUUUUGCGUAACGUGCAGACCUAGCUUAUUUUUUCAGUCCCGUCGAAGUUCAACGGACAUACAGUUUCUGAUAUCUUAUGAAAAUGCAAGACUGGAGUGGAACACAAAAUCAAAUUUAUUUAAGGAUUCACUAAUGUUAAGAGGAGUAGGAUAAAUGUUUUAUUUUUUUAUUAUAAUCGAAUAAGCUUUUAGUGUUAAAAUUAAAAAGUUCAAUAAAAUAUAAUUGUAUGAAAAUUACCAAUAAACGCAGAAGUUGUACAA